AUGUCAGCUUCUGCUAUUCGGAAGGUUGAAAAAUAUGUAAUGAUUGAUGAAAAAUUAGGUCGUCAUGCUGACGACAACAUCAGGAAAGCCGAAACGAGCUACGUAAAGGAAUAUGUAGAAAAAGAUGAGGACGACUACAUGCAGUUGAAAAGAACUAUGUACUUAAAAAAAAAAGAUAUGGACAAUAUUUUGGAGGUGUCUGGAGACUCAGCAAUUUUCAAACAAAAUACUGCUCGAUUUUAUCAACAGUACAACUUUGCCUAUCAGCCCAACAGUAAUUUACCAAUUUCCUCUAUGAGACACAAGAUUGUAUCCAUGAUCGCCCAUAAUUCUGUCGUUAUCAUUCGCGGUUCUACAGGCUGUGGGAAAACAACACAAGUGCCACAAUUUAUUCUCAACAAUGCAUAUGAAAAUAACCAACCUUGCAACAUCAUAGUAACGCAGCCGAGACGCAUUGCCGCUCUGAGCGUCGCGAAACGAGUCAGCGCGGAUAGAGAAUGGCCCAUUGGUACAAUUGUAGGAUAUGAAAUAGGCUUGAAGAAGAAUGUAAGCCGCGACACUCGCAUAACGUAUUGCACGCUUGACGUGCUUUUAAACAGACUCGUGAAUAAGAAGCACAUGAUGGACUACACUCAUAUCAUAUUGGACGAGGUGCACGAACGCGACGGAGACAUGGAUUUUCUUAUGCUCGUAGUGAGAAAAUUAUUACGUACAAAUUCUACGACAAUUAAAGUAAUACUAAUGUCCGCGACGAUCGACGUGGACAAAUUUUCCACGUAUUUUUCAACGCCUAUGGCAAAUCAACUUGUACCCGCGUCAAUCAUCGAUAUACCCAAGAGCAGCCCUUACAAUAUUUUUAUAUAUUACAUAGACCAGAUGGGGAAUUUGGGUAAGAUCCCUGAAGUAGACAAUAAGAAACCGAAAAUCACGACUGAGAUGGCGGAGUUUGCCGCACGUAUUAUACGUGUUUUCGAUAGUAUUGACAAAAAGAAUGAUAGUGAUGAAUACGAAAGGGCCACUGUGCUAGUGUUUUUACCGGGAUUUGGCGAAAUUGAAGAGUUACGUACUGCAUUUCUGUCAUCAAAACACGAAGAUGCAAAUUGGGAUAUAAUUAUUUUACAUUCGUUAAUCUCGAUCGAAGAGCAGCAAAAUAUAUUUAAGAAGCCACCAAAAAAUUAUCGACGUAUCAUAUUAUCGACAAACAUUGCUGAAAGCAGCAUUACCGUACCCGAUGUUAAAUACGUGAUUGAUUUUUGCAUGACAAAACAGCUCGUCACCGAGCCUGGAACUAAUUAUCAAUGCUUGCAACUUUGUUGGGCAAGCAAAUCCAAUUGUGAACAACGUGCCGGUCGUACAGGCCGCGUGAUGGAUGGUAAAGUAUACAGAAUGGUGCCAAAAGCAUUUUACGAGAAAGUUCUACCGAAAGAAUCUGUUCCGAAAAUGCUCAGGGCUCCGCUCACAAAUAUCAUUCUCAAGACAAAAGUGCUGGAUAUGGGCGAGCCGAAAGCUCUCCUUGCUCUUUCUCUGGAUCCACCUAAUCUCAGUAAUAUAAAGGAGACUAUAUUACUAUUGAAGGAAGUUGGCGCAUUACGUAGAGGAAUGCAAGAAUUUGAUGGGGAUUUGACAUCAUUGGGUCGUGUAAUGGCCAGCCUCCCGUUAGACAUAUACGUGACCAAAUUAAUUGUGCCGGGCCAUCUUUUCGAUCUUCUGUCAGACGCGAUUAUUCUCGCAGCUAGCAUGGCUGUUAAGAAUAUAUUCAAUAUCGGAUUUUCCAACGUGGAGUCAACCUAUCACGAGAAACUGCAUUGGGCCGACAAUUCCCAAAGCGAUAGCAUAGCACACUUGAACGCCUUUAAAGUGUGGCGAAACAAUAAAGCAAGUCGCCGUAUAAACAGUCCUAACGAGGAAAGAGAUUGGGCGCGAAGACAUGGUCUUCGCGUGAGAUCGCUACGCGAGAUGGACGUCUAUAUACGCGAAAUAACAGAAAAUCUGCGCAAAUUUGGAAUAAUAGAAACAAUGGGUUCCGAGAAAAAUACUUAGGAGAGCCUCCGUAUCGAUCGUACUUUUGUACUUAAAUUUAUAAUCGCCGGUGCAUUUUAUCCUAAUUAUUUUAUGAAAUUCUCACAUAACAUAAAUAAUCUCAAGUGGGAUAUAGAGAGGACAUUGGGUGGCCGCGAUCCGACGACGACGGUUGUCUUACACGGCUGGCCGUUGAAACACCCCGGAUCACUGUACUCUAAGAGAUUUCAGGAGAUCUUUGGACAGCGUAUGGGACUCAAAAAUCCGAAAAACAUAACUGUGUCCUUUGACGGAUCGAGCCACGUUUAUAUUCAACAUGAGCCGAAGAAUCGCCAACCAAAGGAUGAUACUUUUGUUCGAGAUUGUGUCAAGAUGAGGCAUUGUGGGAACCAGAUCGAAAUAAAGUUAUUAAACGAGACGGAUGCACGUCACCGAGCCGAGGAACUUGGGCUCACAAAGGAAUACGGAACAUUUCUGUCUCAACCUUUCAAUCCGGAGGAAUCGCCGUACAAACGUGACAUGUACGACGAAAAGCCAUAUCCAGAUUUACCAAAAGAUUCCAAAUAUCGAGGUAAGGUAAAAUUACAAGGUCCCUUUUCGCCGGCAGAAGUUCGCCUGACCCAUAUGAUAAAAAACAAAAUGGGUAAAAUAAUAACUAUAGACUUCACAUCGGUAAACUCCGUUCUACUCGACCCUUGUCCGACGAGUCAGAAAAAACUUUUCCUGGUGGCGCAAAACAUCUCACAAAACUCCAAGAACAUGUCGCAACUGAUUCUACGAAACACAACCCUCUUGCCCACUACGCCUGAUGAUCUCGCGUCGCUCGUCAAUUUAACUUUUACACCGCGCAUAGAACUGCGACGUAGUCCAAUGGGCACUUAUUACACAGGCGCUCUGUGUGGAUUGGGAUACAAUCGCAUUACGGAACAGAGCUUGUUUCCGGACCAUGAUCUGGAAAUUAUAUUUGACGUCGAGUUUACGAUGAACGAUUUGCGAAUGAUUAACAAGCUUCGCCAUUGGAUGAAUGUUGCAAUGAACUUUAAUAGAAAUGAAAUUGUAGACGACGAGGCUCAUCGUGAUACGACUAUAAAUUGUCAGAAUCAAAUUAAAAAUGCGUUCAAAGAUGUGAUAUACAAGAUUCGUAAGAAGAUAGAACCAAUUCCAGUCAUUAAUUUUAACAAAUGGAAUCGAUACGACGAGACUCUAUUUCUCGUGCCUGCUCGGGAAACUUUGAGUACAAAUAAUGUAUACGGUUUACACAAAGCAUUGGAAUUGAAUGAGAAAACCGAUACACUCAAUAAACUCGAAGAAAUAAUCAGUAAUUCGUUGGAAUUGGAGGCUUUAGCUUAUCAAAACCCGCUUGAGACGACCAUUGCACCAGUUUACUGCAAAUUGUGUCUAACGGAGAUAAAUGAUAUCUUAAAUCUUUGUGCACAUUUGGGCUCGAAACAACAUACAACGAAACAAUGCUUGAUAGAUACGACUGAAGAAUUUGGAGGAAAUCUGCAGAAACUUAUGGAAACAAUCAGGCCAUAA